GAACUGGCCCCGAAACAAGCCGAAGAGUCAUUCCCUAACGGGCCACAAUUGAAGUUUCUCAAGGAUGUGCGAUGGCCUCCAAAAUGUUAUGUAUGUCUUUCUGACAUGGAGAAGGAUGAUGCAGAUUGCAAGACACUCAUCGAGCGCACGGCUGGAACUCUGGAUAAUGAAGUGCUUCAGCAAUUAUUCGUCUCGACCCAGCAAAGCAACUUGGAGAUCUGCAUGAAAUAUGCAGUUGAGCGAACAUUCUUACAACAUUUUGACUCUGCAGAGACGACGACAUCUGAGGGUUAUUGGAGGAUAAUAGGGACAUCGGGCGCCUGGUUUCCACACAUUCUGGUAGUACGUAUGUCGAUCCUUGUUCGAACUCGAGUGAUGCUGAUCCAAGUCGUUGCCCACCAUUCGCAGCAAAGAGUGAGUGUGUCGAUCCUCGUUCAAACGAGAGUCAUGCUGAUCCACGUCGUUGCCCACUGUUCGCAGUUAACAGUGAGUGUGUCGAUCCUCGUUCGAGCAACAGCCAUGCUGAUCCAAGUCGUUGCCCACCAUUCGCAGGGAGUGAUCAGUGAGUGUGUCGAUCCUCGUUCAAACGAGAGCCAUUCUGAUCCAAGUCGUUGCCCACUGUUCGCAGUUAAUAUUGGUGAGUGUUUGAUCCUCCAUCAAGCGCAGCCUUCAUGAAUCAAGCCAUCGCUGCUAAUCCGUUGAUAGAAUGUGAGUCCGUUGACUCUUUGUCCAGUUCAAGCAU